CCUUGACAGAGGCGGCCGUCCCUCACGCAGUUUCAUCAGUCGACUUGCACGAGGCCUAUGGACUAUGGAUUCUCUUCUCAUUUUCUAUCAUUUCCCACGUCCUAUGUUAAUUAAUUUUGCCUUACAAAUCUCAUUAGAUUUUUCAUUUCUUUUACGCAAAUACUAAAAUCAACCCAAAUAAGCCAAAGUUUAAUCAAUCGCCUAAUCCCACCUAUGUUAUGUAAUAAUCCAGGAAACUCAUCCAUAAUCACCGAGUACUCCGAUGAGUUCUCUGUGAUAAGUCUCCUUUGUCUUUGGUGAGUUCCUUUCUUUCUUUCCUUCCAGUUUCCAAAGACAAUAAGGACAACAUCACCACUCCUCCCUUUCUCUCAGAUGGCUGCCUGAUUUACCUUUUCCUCCGUAUACUACCCAAAUUCAGACCGAUAUAUAGAUAUUUUUUCUGUUAUUUCUGCUGCUCUCUCCAAUCAGUUGUAACUUUUACGCAUAUAGGAGGGACGAAGUGUCCAAAUGGAGAAGAAUGAAGAGUCAGGUAGCCCUGGAUGGAGUGCUUCGUUCUUCAUGCAGACAACUGAAGAUGUUGCAAGAGCAGUUGCUGCUGCUGCAGCAGCAGCAGUUGCUGCACGAUCCCCACGCCCCUCGGUAGUAUAUUCAUCGAAGGACGAUAGCAGUAGCCAGCUUCAGAAACUUCAGAAUCAAGUGUCUAGAUUACUGAAAGGCUUGUCUAGCCCUCCUGAAGUGAAAAGUGGACCUUACAACCCUGAAGUACUAACUAGCCAAAAACGUCAAUGGGCAAGCUUUCAGUUGCAGUCCCUGGACCACAAAAUUUGGAAAGAGCCAUCCAGACUUUUUGAGAGCAUGGUAGUUGUUGGACUCCAUCCUAAUUGUGACAUUCAAGCUCUUCAGAAGCUUUACUUUGGUAGAAAGUCUGAAGGUUCAGGAAGAUUUCGUACUGCACUAAAUGGUCAGAAUCAAUCUCGUAUUGAACCGAACCUGGAGCCUCAGGUUUUAUUUGUUUAUCCACCAGAGAAACAGCUGCCAUUGAAAUACAAGGAUCUUCUCUCGUUCUGCUUUCCUGCAGGAGUUGAGGUUCAUGCAAUUGAGAGAACUCCUUCGAUGAGUGAGUUGAAUGAGAUACUUCUGGGCCAAGAACACCUCAAACAGAGUGACUUGUCUUUCGUGUUCCGACUGCAGGUGGCUGAUGACUCAACGCUGUAUGGUUGUUGUGUUUUGGUUGAAGAGAUAGUACAGAAGCCGUCUGGAUUGAUUUCCAUGAUUUCAGACGGGCAGCCUUGUCAUUUGGGGUUGAGCCGCCAUAUUCUAACCACAAAACGCUGUUAUUGCAUUCUUUCAAGACUUCCAUUUUACGAGCUGCACUUUGGUGUGUUGAACAGCAUUUUCACCGAAGAAAGGUUGGAACGGUUAACCAGAAAUAUUGGUGAUCUAGAGCUGGAGUUACCUGUGGGCUGUGAUAAAGAAGACAACUCUGAAGAAGAAUCUGGGAGCAUUUCAUUGGAAGACAGGGCACAAUGUAUACACAAUGGAACUGCAGAAUCUUCAGAGUCAAGUUUGAGUGAUUCUCUACCAGGAAGAGUCACAGAUGAUAGUUGUCAUUUGGAGCAUCAAAUUUCAGAGGGGGACAUUUUCACAUCAAAGAGAAGUGGUGAUGGUUCUGCUGUUGCUGCAUUGGAUCCUGAUAUGGAGAAAUGCCAUGCUAAAGCAGAAACUCUAGUUGGAUCACAGAUUUCUGAAGUCUGUGAUGUAUCUGUUGAUGAUUUUGUAAUUAAUAAACAAUCUGUAGAGAAGCGCUUACCCAAUGCGGUGUUGCCCCUUCUUCGUUAUCAACAGUAUGAAAGCUCUGAAUCUUCCUCUAGUUUCCAGGGCUCUCCGGGUGAAGGCAGACAUUUUAGAAGUGAUGUUGAUGAUGUAGAAGUGGAAGAGCCAUCCUUCUCUGGCCAGGAUGUUUGCAAUGAGCAUGAUGAUAUCCUUGAGUGGGCUAAGGCCAAUGAUCAUGGUUCUUUACAAAUAAUAUGCGAAUAUUACCGGCUACAUUGCCCUUCACGUGGUUUGACUAUUAAGUUUCACCCUCUGGAUCACCUACAUCCUUUAGAAUAUCAUAGAAUUGAUGAAACUGUUCUACAAAUUGCUGGAUCAACAAUUGAUCUGAAGUCAUGCACUACUAGUUUGGAAUUAGCAGAGGCUUAUUGUGCACUCAUGGCAGAGGAGGAAGCAAAUGCUUUAUCUGUAUGGGCUGUUGCAUGCUUAUGUGGCUCCUUGCGACUUGAGCAUGUGUUGACAUUAUUUGCUGGAGCCCUUUUGGAGAAGCAAGUCGCAGUUGUUUGUUCAAAUUUGGGUGUAUUGUCUGCUUCAGUUUUAUCAAUUAUACCCCUUAUUCGUCCUUAUCAGUGGCAGAGCUUGCUAAUGCCGGUUUUGCCAAAUGACAUGCUGGACUUUUUGGAUGCACCUGUGCCUUACAUAGUGGGUGUGAAGAACAAAACCACUGAGGUACAAUCGAAGUUGACAAACGUCAUUCUUGUUGAUAUGAACAAAAACCAGGUGAAGUCACCAACAAUGCCAACACUACCCCAAUAUAGGGAAUUGUAUUCAUCCUUAAGUCCUUAUCAUGCAAAACUUGUUGGAGAAAGUUAUUUGGGAAGGAAGAGGCCUAUUUAUGAAUGUACAGAUGCACAGGUUGAUGCUGCAAAGAGUUUCCUAUCAGUAUUGAGAGCUUAUCUAGAUUCUCUUUGCUCCAACCUUCGUUCUCACACAAUUACCAAUGUGCAAUCCAAUGAUGAUAAGGUCUCUUUACUUCUGAAGGAGAGUUUCAUAGAAUCUUUUCCUAGUCGAGACCGAUCGUUUAUGAAGCUCUUUGUGGAUACACAGCUAUUCUCAGUUCAUACAGAUUUUGUACUCUCUUUCUUCCAGAAGGAGUAGAUUGCCAUGACUAUUUAACCUGGCACUGUAAAAUGCUAUAGUCAGCAGAACGCAAGUUCUGUAUCUAUUAGUUAUUAAACUUUAAUUUAAUAUAAAAUUUUGUUUAUUUUCAGUUUGUAUAUACGAGUUUUUUCUGUGGUUUAUUUUUUUAUCUCUCUGUUGUGAGCUUGUUACUUGCAUCUAAAUUCAACCUGUUUUUUGGGGACAUGGGACACCAUAUCUCAUUUCAGGUGAAUUUGGGCGCUUUCUAAAUUAUAAUGGUUCAAUGAGAGAGCUGUUGUGUACAGGAUU